AUGGCCAGGGGGAGGCCGCCGGGGGAGGCCGUCGUGAGCAAGGCUCUGCAGGGGGAAGAGAACUCUGAGCAGGACCGGCCCGAAGGCCCGCAUGUGCACCAGAACCGCCACCCAGAACGCGAGGCCGCCCUCAACAAACACAUAGACCCGGAGCUCCCCGCCUUCUACGUGUACCUGUCCACGGCCUUCUGCCUCGGCCGCCAGGAAGUGCCCUUGAAGCGCUUCGCUGCCUUCUGGUUGAGGCAGCGGAGGGAGGAAUGGGAGCAGGCCCAGGUGCUGAUGCGGCUGCAGAACCAGCGAGGGGAGCGCGCCCGCCUGGGCGGUAUCCCCAGGCCUGACCGAUGCCGCUGGGAGAGCGGCCAGAGGGCCAUGAAGUCCGCCUUGCACAUAGAGAGGAUGGUGAGCCAGGGCCUGCCCAAUCUAUCCGCCCCCCCCCCCUCUACCACCAAGAACGACGCCCACCUGUAUGAUUUCCUGGAGCAUCACCACCUGCGCCAGGAUGCGAAGUUCAUCAGAAACUUGGCAGCCAGUAUCAUCAUCAGCCCGAGCAAGCUGGGGGCCACGGAAUCCAGCCUGGCAGAGCUACCUCUUUGA